ACGCCUCACACCCCUCUUCGAAAAGAUUCGACCAAUCACAGGCAGGCAGUCCGGUUCAAUUCACAAAACGUGACCAUGUUUGAACAAAUCAAGUCCCAAACCAACCUCGUGGUAACAAAAAGCGACUCAAAGCAGGUCGUCGUCGUGUUGUGUUGGCACAAACCACGCUGCGACCAUGGCCGAGGCGAGCCGGUGGAGAGCUCUGCGGUAUUAUAGCGCAGUCCAAGACAAGACGGCACUGAUUACACUGUCGAAAGGGGCUGUCGUGGAAGGCCUCGUGGGAGCGUUGAACGGCCGACAGACUCUGCUCGGGUUGACGAGCAUGAAGUCGCCAUUGGGGGUGUACCCGCGCGCCGUGGUCAAGGCUGAAGAUAUACAGCGAUGGGAAGUCGACGUAUCGAAGGAGGAGGUGCAUCGGUUGCUGCAGCUGUCGUAGCGCGUUGCCCCGCCGCUCGGCCUAGUCGCAUCGGCGGGAGAUCGACUCUCGCACACGAAUUAAACGUAUACGUUACUCUGUAGGUUUUUCGUGGAAACCAGGUUAAUCGCAGUAUAACGUGUAGAGGAAAUUCCGA